AUGCGCAGCAAGGAGGACGACACGUUGAGUAGUGACGAAGCGAGAGAAGAGGAGCAGGAGGUUCAGCCCCCGGCGAUGUCGAGCAGAGUCUCGCCCUUCUCGUGCAAUCACCUACACUAUCAUAAACCGGUACCCAUUCAAGUCCCGACCAACUGCACUUUCAAGGUACUCACCUUGACGGGGAUGGAUAAGAUGCAUAGAGGGAGCAACCAGACGCGUCACUACCUCGUAAGAAAAAGCAAGAAAGGAGGAUACACCCCCUCUCUCAACAUCAAAGAUGAGAAGCUUCUCGCGAUCCAGCGAGAUGCAUGCUACGACAUCUUCACUCAUGUCAAGCAUACGGCAUCAAAGCCACCACGAGCUAGAGGACGAUGCUUCCUCUGCUUCUUGCAAGGAGACAUGCCUGCUCAUGGCAGGAGGCGCAUCUUCAUCAAGCAGGUGAUAUGCAAUGGAUCAGGUAUGGCGGGAGAAGGAAACUUGGAGCAGACCUUCUUUUUCGGAGUCUGCGAGCGAUGCAACGACGAGAGGAACGACCGGGUGCUCAAGACUGUGAUAUCGAACGAGCUGCAUGCUCAGACUGCCAGCUACCUCAUCUAUGAUGACACGCUCUUGUCGGUGCCGCGCGAGCCUAGGCAGAAAGCUAGCCUUGCGGGAGUACAAACACCUCGCAUCUGCAGCUCCAGCGACUCGGACUCGGACAACGUCCCGAUCGCGAGGCUGGAAGAAAGAAGGCACGAAAAGACGAGGAAAAACGACAGGAGGCUAGAAGACAGGAGGAAUCCAGGACGAGGCAAGAUGUCCCCUCAGACGCCUCGCCAAGAUCCAUCAAGCACUAGCGGCUCCGACUCGGACAACCUUCCGAUCUCUCGGCUACAGGAGAGGAGGAGUGCGAAGCGAAACCUGUCAGCUGCCCUGAGAGCUGAUCUUGCGGAUGACACUGAGGACACAAUGAAUGCGGCAUCUUCCGGUGACGACAAUGCCGAGCCAGAGGCCAUUCCUCGAGGUUUGCAUGGUGGCAGGUACAGACGCAGGUCUCCUUUGAGCGAUGACGAUGACGAGGAGGAGGUUGGUGAGCAGCAGAUACAGCAGGAGCAGGAGACAUCAGAGCAUGAUGAAGACGACAAUGACAACCAAGAGCAGGUGGACAGCACGGCGCCCGUAGCUUUGAUUUGCAAGCCCGUCUGGCAGCAGCCUCAGAAGGACGACCCGUUCGCUCUCUCUGACGACGAUGAGUCCAGCAGCAGCUCCGGGAUCAAGGGCCCUUCGAGUUCGGCAUGGCCUCCGUGUGCGUGGGCACCAGCACGUACGGGGAUGCUAACUCCAGGAGUCUCGGGCGGCUCUAAGGGGCUGCCUAUAACGAGCGCGAUGAAAGAGGCUAGGCCGUUCCACAUGCCUCGAAGCACAGAUAGGGAAACCGAAAAAAUGGAGAUCAAUGCAAGGGUCCCGGAAGUAGGAGGAAGCGGAAGGCUGCUAAAGGAGAGGAGAGGAAACCAGAGCAUGGAACAUGAGGAGGUGCGGCGGAAGAGAGCGAAGACGUCGUCAGGAGCAGACAUGCCGGUCAGGGAGCUGCAGGCUUGUGCUCCGGACGUCGACGCGAGCAGCUCUGUUAGUCGGCGGCAAGUCCCUGGGACCGAUGACGGAGGGGAUGCACUUGGUGAUCAGGGUGCUGCUGGAACAAGCAUCACCAGAGGGAGCACAAGCAUCACCAGAGGGAGCACAAGCAUCACCAGAGGGAGCACAAGCAUCACCAGAGGGAGCACAAGCAUCGGCCAGGGGCAGCCAAGAUCGGAUGAGAGGAUGCUGGCAGGGAUUGGGGAAGUCUUAAGGAGCCUGGAGUGGGGAGAGACAGGAGGACCAGGGCUGUCGAUGCUGGAGCAGGUCAGGAUGCUCAGCAGGUUUACCAAGACCUACGAGGUGCUAUGGAAGGACUUCACUCAUGACAAGCCCUGCGAAUGA